AUGGUGUCCACGCUCUUUCAUACCCGGUUUCUGCGGGCCAUCACCCUAAUAUUCACUCUUUUCACUUCCAUAACCCUCGGAAGCCAGCUAUUCACCGCCAACACUGUGCCAGAGGGGCUAAGCGCAGGAUGUUCUAAUGCUCUCAUGGCCGAUAUCGCUUGCGGUAGCGGCAUCACCCUUUUCACCAGAGGGGAGUAUUAUCCUCUGACAGACCUCAAAGCACUUUGCGUGGACUCCUGUGCCUCUGCACUCGAGACCUACCACGGCGAUGUGGUUUCCAGUUGCACUGCCGAUAACUGGCCCGAAGAGAUGGAGGUCGACAUGCCGCUCGUAAUGAUCAGCGAGCUGCUGAGAUAUAACUACAACCUAACUUGCCUGACAGACAGUGGCCGCUUUUGCAAUAAUGUCGCUGCCGCUUUCGCCGCGUCGCGGGAUCCGGAGGCGGCGAACGUACAAGGUGCUCUGCCUGCCGGCGGCGACUUUGGUGACUACGUGCCGCCUGAUACGUGCGACAGCUGCUUAGUGAAGAAUCUUCGGUUCCAAGCCGGAUCUCCUUACUUUGACGGGCCAAGGCUGCAGGCUCAGUCAGUUUACGAGUCUCGCACCGCCGAUUGUGGCAUCGCGGGAGCCCCUCUCGUCACUACAACGAUCAGUCUGUUCACACAAACAACGGCGGCUCCGACGCCCACCCCAACUUGCACGGGGAAGACAUACUCUAUUCAGCCAGAGGACGAUUGUAACUCCAUCUCCAUGUCACAGAGCAUUGGAACGGAGUGGCUCCUCUGGGACAACGAGUUGCUAGCAUUCUGUCACCAGUUCCCUACCGAAGGAGAUCUUUGCUUGGUUAACACUUGUGAUGUCUAUACCGUCCUUGAGUCUGACACCUGUGACAAGAUUGCAAAGGCUCACGGCAUGACUGUGUUCCUUGUGUUAUUAUAA